AUGUCUGCGCCAUAUGGCGGCCAGUCGCGGUCGAGCUAUGACAACGACGACAUCACGAGCUUAUACCUGCAAGCCGUAGACACCUUUCACAACGAAGAACAAGAAUUAAAUGGCACACGAACACCUGUAGGCACGUCUGCUCCAGCGGGCACGAGAGAUCAAGGCCAUUACGAGAAUCCAGCACAACAAUCGUCAUACCUGCGAUCACCGCCUCAGCCUGCGCCUCCCAGAACGCCUGGAGGAGGGCGAUCGAGACCGUUGCCUGUUCUUCCGGGAGGAGCAAUGCCUCCAAGACCAGUUAUUCCUCCAAACGUGUACGGUGUUGAUGAGAAGACGCCGCGCUCGUCGACGUCUUCCUAUCAGACGUCGCACACUGGCACUUACCAAACCCAGCUACCACCGCAAAUUUAUCUGGAAACAAAGUCAAACUAUGGUGUAUCGCAUCAUCCCCCGUCGCAAUACUCGCCGCAUCGCUCAAACGAACCAGAGUAUGCUCCGAGUAACAGCAGUCACAACUCUUACCCCCCAGAGAAGAACUAUAAUUAUUACAACUCGAAGGACGAUAGCUACUCAAAGCAGCAGCAGUACUACAGCGAUCAGGGUUCUCGUCCAGAUCCCAAUGCUUAUGGAUACCGUGGAACGUCGCCGAAUUCGACUUCACAUGUAGAUCAUGGGGGCAUGAAUGGAGCAAUGAAGAGCACGAACGUAUCUCAGGGAUAUUCUUCUCACGACAAUUACUAUACUUCCCAGAGCAAUGGCUAUGCAAAUGCAAGAUCUGCACAACCUCCGGCACCUGUGCCUCAGGACGAUCCAGGAUACGAGUUGGGAAUGGGUCUCAUGAGAUCGACCUCGACUUCCUCUUAUGCGUCUGUGGACAGCUUGCUCAGAGAGCCACGGGCGGCAUCGACAGAUGAAUCAAACCUCUUGACGCCAACAUCGUCCAAGCGUAACCCAAUCUUAUACGGACAACCGACCGGGGCAUCAACCGCAGCUCAGAACACAUACUCGAGGGACACUUAUUCCUCGCACAAUAUGUACAACACACCCGCGAUUGUGACGACUGUCAUUGAACCCGGUCAAAGCUCUAGCCGAAGGCACCGCAACUACGAGCGAAUGGCAUCUAUGAAGGCACCGCUCGGACUUCAUGCGGAUGAAGAAGAGGAAGAGGAUGAUGAGGAACUCGAAGAAGAUCGGUUUGUCAAUCUUUCCCUCUUGUCUCACCUGGCAAACCGGCUGCGUGAUCGAGUACCGCGUGGAACGCAUGUCAAAGGCAGCAUCCCCUAUCCCAUGGCGUUUACUGGAAAGGACAUCGUGACGACCAUUCAGACACAGAUCCAGAAAGAGUUUCAGAAUAACAUGGGCUUCCAAGUGACCGAUCGCCGUGCAGCACUCCAAGUUGCUCGCAGUCUUCAAAGUCAACUCUUCUUUUACGAGGUCGAGUGGGGAGGCCGCUUGCUUCAAGAUGGUUUGGAAGACGUAUACAUGUUCUUAGACGAUAAUCCGGGCAGCGAAGGCGCGACUGAGCAGUAUCGUAUGGAGCGAGAAGAGCUACCUACCGGUGUCAUCACGCUCCUUACAAAGUGUUAUGCACCCAGUUGCCAAGAUGGCUCUCCGUGCUACUCAUAUUCGUGCCCUCGGCGUGAAUCUGCAUUCACUCUUGAGAGUCAGCUUGGUGGGACGACGGCUGCCCCUGAGCCCGUAAUCGAUACCCCGUGGGGAGAGCUGGUUGACCAGCAGACCCUCAGCACUUUGCCCGAGUCCGAGGUCAGGCGCCAAACUAUCAUAGCCAAAGUUAUUGGGAAAGAGCAACAAUACGUUCAGGAUCUUGAUCUCAUUGAAACGAUCUUCAUCAAGGAACUUCGACGAGCGAAACCCCCAAUCAUCCGUGGAGAAGAUGAACUGGAAGAAUUCAUCCAGGACGUCUUUGGCAACUUUUACGAGCUUCGCCAAUGCAACAAGCGAUUGUUGGAUGUGAUGCUCGUUCGUCAACGAGAGCAAGGUCCAAUCAUCCAGCGGAUUGGAGACAUUUUCCUUCAAGCUGCUGCCGAGUUUCGCAUGGUUUAUCCGACCUACGUUGGCAAUCUACCAGUCGCAGAGAAGCGAAUCAAAGAAGAGGCGGAAAAUAAUGCCGAGUUUAGGCGCUUCCUCGAACAAAGCGCUCGCGUUGAUGCUCGUGGUCUGGAUAUGAAGCACUUUAUCUAUCGACCGUCAGAGCAUCUCCAGAAAUAUCCAGUGCUGCUCGAGGCCAUAUUCACGGAGACGGCUGAAGGCAAUCCGGAUGCGGAUUUCUUGCGUGAAGCCGAGCAUGCUAUUCGUAAUCUGUCCAGUGUGGCACAACUCCGCACGUUCCAAUCGGCUAUGGGACGAGGUCCGACCGGGAAAUGGGAGUGGCAUGAUGUCGUCCCAAAGGAAAUUCGUGCCAGUGUUGCUAAACAGGAAGGCAAGCGACAAUCCAUCAUUUGGGAGCUCAUCAAAGGUGAAAUGAUCUACGUCAAGGAUCUAGAGACUAUCGAAACGCUCUUCAUUCGGCCGCUUCGCGAAUCGGAAAUCAUCCCAAGAGAUCGUCUGCCAACAUUCCUUCAGGAUGUUUUCCACAAUUUUGCCGAGCUUCACGGUCACCAUCGUCGUAUGCUCGACAGUCUCUACGAAAUUCAGCGAGAGGAGCACCCGUUCAUUCGCAGUAUCACAGCUCCCGUCUUUGAUGCGGCACUAAACUGGCGUGAUGCUUAUCUAGAGUAUAUUCCUCACUAUCCCAUUGCCGCUUUCCGCAUCGACGACGAAAUGGCGAAUAAUGCUUCCUUCAAGGCGUUCAUCGAGCAAUGCACGCGACAUCCAGACUCGAGAAAGCUAGACUUGAAGGCGUUCAUUAACCGUCCCAUCCCGCAGGUGACACCUCCGGGACAUGAUGAUCUAGAGGCCAUUCCAAAUGUUCUCGAGGUCAUAAAGGACCUAGGAAAAGCAACAGAACCUGGCGUCCAAGCUGCAAAACAAAAGGUGGAACUUUGGAGAUAUCAUGCCGACCUCGUAUUCAAGCCUGGCGAAUUUGUUGAUAUGGAUUUAUUGGACGAGACUCGCGUCUUGAUUCAUACCGGGAAACUCCUCAGGCAACCAGAGAAUGGAUUCGAUAUCACAGGCGGAUGGUCGGAAUUGUUCGUACUCUUGUUCGACAACUAUCUCGUCAUGACAAAGCAACGAGAAAAGGACGGCGUGAUAAAGUAUCACGUCAAUCGUCGGCCGAUACCUCUUGAUCUUCUUUCCCUUUUGAGCUUUAAUGAUCCGCCCUCCCAACGCUCCACUGGGCUGCUUCGACCCCGAGCCAGGACAGUACAGUCUAUAGCAGGCGAUCCCAACGCCGCGGCAGGAUCAGCCAACGACGUGAACGACAAUCGAUACGUCUACCCACUUCAAAUUCACCACAAUGGUCGCUCCGGUGGCGUGCAUACCUUCUUCACAGAAACCGCUCAAGCUCGACAAGAGUGGAAGAUGAAGCUCGAAGAAGCGCGUGGACUGAGGAGUGUAGUCCAAGAGUCGAACAAGGUAUUCGAGAUUGAGACUCUUAGCGUCGACACAUUCCUUGUUCCGUCCUUGCAUCAGAACAUGUCCGCUCCGUCCUGGAAUGAGGAAGGCAUGUUUACCGGCAAUGUCACUUGCUCGGUUCCAUUCACAACGAAUGAUGGACGUCAUCUCGUAGCGAUUGGAUGCGCAGAAGGGGUCUGGAUUGGUCUGAGGCAUGACUCAAAAUCAAUGCGGCGAGUAUUGCACCUCAAGCUUGUGACACAAUGUGCUAUGCUGGAAGACUUUGGUAUAUUUUUGGUUCUCGCUGACAAGUCACUAUUUGCCUAUCACAUCGAGGCGCUCGUGCCUUCCACUCCGCCGUCUCCCCACUCUUCGCGUCCACCUCAGAAGCUCAAUGGCAACAAAGAAGUUCAGUUUUUCAGUGUCGGUACCAUGGGCGGGCGCACGCUCAUCAUUUAUAUGAAAAAGAAAGGGUUGGAAAGCGUCUUCCGUGUGCUGGAACCCGUUGUAGAGCACAUCAACGAAAAGGCCAGAGCCCCUGGAGGACUCGGGCGAUUUGCAGGCUUUGGUAAUACUCGCUCCGAGUGGUUCCGCAUCUUCAGGGACUUCUUCCUACCUUGCGAGACGUUUGAUCUCUACUUCCUAAAGGCGAAGAUUGCAAUUUGCUGCACUCGCGGGUUCGAAGUUAUGGACUUGGCAGACUUUAAGAGUGUCACCAUUCCUCAGCGAGAGGAUCCACGUUUGCUGGGCAUGAACAAGCGAUUAGAAACGGCAAUUCCGCUAGGCAUGUUCCGUUCGAGUGAAAAAUUUGGCAUGUAUGUCAACCGACAUGGCGACCCAAGCCGUGCAGUCUUGACGGUCGAAUGGGAAGGGAGCGCGGAAAAGGUGGCUUGUCACCCACCUUAUAUCCUUCUUUUCGACACGCGGUUUAUUGAGAUCCGACAUAUUGAGACGGGCCGACUUGCACAAAUCAUCCCAGGACGGGACGUACGCUGCCUAUGGGAUGGGAGAGGUGGAUCUGCACCUCCUAUCUUGACGCCCGGACCGGACGGGUGGCAAGAAGGUGGUGCACAGGAUGCAAGAGUGCAUGCGACGAUGCGCGCACAGGAAGUGCCCAAUCUCAACGGUCCGAUGCGCACUAGCAGUAAGGGAGUCGCACAGCACGUCUUUGAACUGCUUCCGACAAUUCCUCUAUAUCUACCGGGAAGUCUGGCAUCGCCCUCUCAGUCGACGUAUUUCCCUCAGAGCAACUCGCCGCCACAUUCGCCACGUCUGAAUCCCGCAUGGAGGGGAUAG